AACCCAAAAAAACCUGAAGAACCCAAAGAACCUGAAGAACCCGAAGAACCUGAAGAGCCCAAAGAACCCAAAGAUCCUAAACCCAAAGAACCCAAAGAUCCUGAAGAGCCCGAGGAACAGUUGCAAGAAAGAUCUUAG